AUGGCAGGAGACAGCUGGGCUUUUAUGCCUAGUGUUUUGAUUGUUGAAAUACUUUCGUAUCUUUCGCAGAGUGAUAGAUUGAAUGCAUCGUCUGUAUGCAUACGAUGGCGUUCUUGCCUAUUUCAGUCGAAAUUAUGGAGGACGUUAUCGCUGAACUUGCACAGAAGCAAUAAGGAAAGGACGAACUUUUUGACAGACAUAUGCGGACGUUUUGCUAGAAAAUGCGCAGUAACAUUUAACCCUCAUAACAUUGACGAAGUGAAGACAUGCAUGAAUGUUUUAGAUGUGUUAGCGAUCAAUAUCAAUUUGCAAGUUUUUGAGCUGAAACCAAGCAGUUGUCAUUUCCAGUGGACAGAAUUUCCAGAGCUUAGGUUCAUAGACAGAUUGGAAAAUGUAAUUCAAAGCUGUAGAAGAUUGAAACACAUUUCCUUGGGGUGUUCUGAAGAUCUUCAAGCCCAUUCAAAUGCUUUGUUUGAAUCUCUUGCGUCAAGGCAUAGUGUGUCAUUAGAGGCACUGCACAUUGCAAGUGUAAAGGAAGACUCUGAAAACUAUGGGAUCAUAGACCUUAAAGUGGAUCUAUUUCAGAACUUUUCUUGCCUCAAGCAUCUUAGUAUUGACUUCGAUUUCGUUGACAGUAGAUUAUUGGCAGCCUUUUGCAAAAAUGGUAAACCAGGUCUGGAAAAGUUGGUAAUACAUGUCCAUGGAAUUGAACCAGACCAUGAAAUAAUUCCAAAUUCAUUAUGGCAACAGUUUACAAGUUAUAACAAAAAUGUCAAAGUGACCUUGAAUCUUAUGCAUUCCAUCGCAGGAGUUCAAAAGUUAGUAGACAUUCUCAAACCAGAUCUUCCAUUGCAACAUUACCGGCAGUUUUUCUGUACUCAAUUAAGCACUGCAGCCAUUGGACUGAUGGGGAAUCAGUAUUCCAGGACCCUUAAGUCUGUCCACAUUGUAGAUGGCAUGGAGUUUGGCUUUCCUGCCUGGUACAAUAUUUCAACAAAUGAAGAUCCUUUUGUCAUGCUUGCUUGGAAAUGUCCACACCUGUCCCGUCUUACAUUGAUUGGGUACGAGGUUGCAGAUGAAGACAUAGUUGCCAUUGCCAGACUUCGAAGUGACAGCUUGGAAAGCCUGGAUAUUCCAGACGCGUGCAUACGCUGGGAAACAUCUCACGACACACACAUCAUCGGUGGAGUGCAGCCAGAAUUCACAGACAAGGUAUCUGAAAGUCUUGGUCGAAGGUGGCGUCCCCUGGAGGACUCACAGCUCCCGCAGGCUGUCUGGGACAGCUGGGCAGAUGCAGAAGAGGCCUAUAGCCACAUCCUUCUCUCUGACCAGGCAUAUAGCCAUACGGCCUGACUCCAUAUAGGGUCCAGUCAGAUGUGUUCAAUCUUUUGUGAUAUUGUGGAGAAAUAACCGCUCAAGAACUAAUAUUGACAGAAAUAUAUAGCUGUUACAAGACUACAUUAUUUAUUUACCAUCAUUGUUUUACCAUCAUGCUAAAUCAUUCCACAAUGUCAAAUAAUUGUCAAUUGUUAAAUUUCUGGAAUAAACCCCAUCGGGUGAGACAGCACACAUGGAAAGAGGCUACAAGGAAACUUGCAGAUGUGGAGUUGGUGAUUGCUGUUAAGUGAUUUAUGAUUGGUGUGUGUGUCUGGGUGAUGUGAAUGUCUAUUGGCAUAUAAAGCUGAACGCACAUUAUACCUCCAGUGUAUUUGCAUAUUCUAUUCCAUGUCAGUAUCUUCAGGGCUUUAUAUAUUGAUUUGGGAAAAUAGCCAAAGUAAAAUUACCAGUUAAUAUAAAAUGUAAUAUAAAAUGUAUGACUUUCUGUCAAUGUCAAGUGUUAAUUUAAUUGUAGGUGAAAGGAAAUAUUUCCUUUAUAAAAGGCCAUUGCAAUUUUUCCAGUAAAGAAUAUCCUUAUGUGUGCCAGAAUAUGCAGGUUAUUCUGUAAAGAUCUAGUCAUGACAACAAUACCAGUUAUGGCUUACCAUAAUAUACAGUGCUUUCAAUUAAAGUCCACAUUAUUAAACAUUGCUAAUUAAAUACAAGAUAUUUAUGUACUUUUUAUAACUGUGUUUUUGUUGAAAGAGUUUUGUUGUAAUGUUGAUAUCUCUGUAUGAUUGUUAUAAUGUUAAUUAGAAAAUGUAAGAAAACAGGAUGAUGGCCUUGAAGUUUGUGAUAAAACAUUGAUUGUCACUCGUGUUGAAAAUCAUGAAAAGUUUUUCUGAAGUUUUAUUUCAUUAUGAUCUCGACAGGACUUUUUGUUCUCUAAAUUUUUAUGUUCCUUUGUUAAAAUAAUGCAUGUACAAAUUUGUUUUUGUUGAGGCAAGUUAAAUGCUAGUGAUAGUGCCAUAUGCAUUUGAUAUGAUUAAAGUAAAGAUGAACACAAGGUUGAUCCGGACAAUUGAAACAUUUUUAUUGAUAAAGAGUCGUAUUGUUUUUAUUUACUUUUCCAAUAAUUAUUUGAUUUUUAUAAUAUAACAAUGUUUCAGCAUUUAAUAAAUGAUAUUAAAGUAAAUUAUAUUUACCGGGUAUAUAUCAACACUCUGGUUUUAUUCAUUUAUAUCCGGGAAAAAUGAAAGUAAAAAAAGACUACAUGUUACAAUGGCACAUACUGUAAAGCAAAGGUUUUGUUGAUGAAAAAUUGUUGUAAUUCAAUUCAGUUCAAUUUAUUAAGUAAACAGAGGCCACCGGCCCAAAUUACACAACAUUUACAAAAAACAUAAUAUUGUAGUUGCAACAUAAGAUUUACAUAUUUAUCAUGUUAACAGAUGGUAUACAUAAAUUGUUAACUUCAAUCAUUUUCAGUAGACAUUAAAGAGUAGAAAUCAUUUAAACUAUUACCAGAUGAAUACCACCAAUUCAAAAGAUAUUGUCUACAAAUAAUAUCGAAAUAAGGACAUUGAAAGAAUGCAUGAUAUUCACAUUCAAUAACUGUCAUAUUUUGAUCCAGACACUAUAUACAAAGUCUCUCAUCUUGUGGAGUAUUUAUAUAUCUACCAAGUUCCAUGUUUCGUGACAGCAAAAUCUAGCAAAAGCAAUCUAAUACUUUAAUGGAAUUUCCAGAUGUCGGCGCCUUUCUGUAUUUAAUCAUGUUUUGUAGUGUUUAUAAUGAUGACACCUUGAAGAAUAACUAACAUCAUUAUCCCAGUUCUAAUGAAAUCUGGAGUUAAAUAGCAAAUCUGUUUUUUAAUUAAUUGAAUGAUUUGAAAAAAUCUAUUUCUAUAUUCCAAACCCAGUCCAGGAAAUUAUAAAGAAAAGGUCCAAAUGUCUUCAAAUACACUGGAUAUAAGUUGUUGAGACAUGUGACUGCAGGAUAGUAGUAAACUGUUUCAACACAUGUAGCAAUUAUUGGAGAAAUACUUCAUUUAUUGAAGGAUUACAUGGCCUUUUUAUAUCAAAAUCAACAUAUUUCAAAGUGUGUUUGAAACAGAAUGUUCUCCCUUGUUGGUUGAGGGAUCCAAAAUACAUAUUUUUCCAUUUUUCAAACACAAAAUGAUAAAUUUGGAACACCCCUGGCUCGACUGUGUGUUAACAAUACAAUAGCAGAUACAUUUCUCUUUUGUUAAAAAACUUGUUCACUUGCUUUUGAAUUGAAGAAAGCAGAAUAUUACCACUUGUUUGAAAGUAUGUAUUUUUGUUUGUGCUUGACUAUGAUGUUAAGGGCAUUGUUGUUGUUGUGUUUGUUGUUAUUGUUGUAUUAUAUAUUGUUUUUAUUUUUCUGUAUUAUUCCUUAGAAAAGAUCUGUUUUAAUUUACAGAAUUUUGUAUUGUUGAAUAACUUCCUUAAAGAGUAUGUAUAGUAUGGUAGACAUUGCAGAUCUUAACUUCAACUGUCUGUUAUGUCCAGAAACUACUUACCCUACGUGUAGCAAUGAUAAGUUUUUAUCAAAACCUAAAAAUAAUAGAUCUUUAAUAAUAAUUUCAUAAAUAUCUUAGAAUGUGGUAGUUUAUCCUUCAAUUUGCCACAGUUUUUGUAACGCAAUUUAUUGAUUUUAGAUUUCUAAAUACUGGCGCGUACAUUUUGAAAUUUAUCAGUAUCAGUAUGAAGCUCUGCUGGAUGGUUAUAAAAUGACAUAAUUGAACACAUUUUGAAAAUCAUCUUGAAUGAUUCCAAAUCUUUGAGUGAUGGAGUCCCAUUGAUCAAUUUUGAACAUUAUGAAGAAAGCCAUAAAUAACAUUAUAAGUGCACACAAACUGCAUCAACCAGAUAGUCUGGAUUAUUGUUGUACAUGUCCAAUCAAAGUCUGGAUUAUUGUUGUACAUGUCCAAUCAAAGUCUGGAUUAUUGUUGUACAUGUCCAAUCAAAGUCUGGAUUAUUGUUGUACAUGUCCAAUCAAAGUCUGGAUUAUUGUUGUACAUGUCCAAUCAAAGUCUGGAUUAUUGUUGUACAUGUCCAAUCAAAGUCUGGAUUAUUGUUGUACAUGUCCAAUCAAAGUCUGGAUUAUUGUUGUACAUGUCCAAUCAAAGUCUGGAUUAUUGUUGUACAUGUCCAAUCAAAGUCUGGAUUAUUGUUGUACAUGUCCAAUCAAAUUCUUAUUUGAACCAUUUGUGAAAUUCCUAAGAAUGAAGCUUCAUGCAAUAUGUGUUACAUUCGUUUUAUAUUUCUACAUUAUUUUUGUGUAUUUGCAAUUACCAGUUGUCAAGAAAAAGACAAUACUAUGUAUGCUAUUUGACACAUGGUCAAUACAUAAUUCCAUUGCUUAUUAGUUUUUAAUAUGUUGAUUAUAAUAAUGAAACACCACAAGUCUUUCCAAUAGUUUAAUAACUUAUCAACAACAGAAAAGUUAUAUUGUUCUUAUAUUUGUACUGUGUAUUUAACAUAGCAAUUAUUUGAUUCUGUGCAAUGACAUGUAAAUAUUGUGAAGCCUUCUACUCUCCGUAAGAAACAAGCUGGUCAAUGUUUUGUGUUCAUAUCACUAAGGCAGUUGAAACAUCGAACCAUCGAUGGUGGCAAAAUACUGGUAAAACUUCAAACAUUAUAUUACAGCAAUAAUUAGUUGUGAUCUUGACUCUGCUAUUUUAGCUUUAUUUUUGGCACAUCUAAUACUUUGUUUUUACAGACAAGAGCAUUAUUCCCUAAAAUAGUAUAUGGUGUGUAUACAUAGAAUAUUGACAAGAACAUUAUUCUCAUAAAUAGUUCAUGAUGUGUAUAAACGUAGUUUUGAUUAAAGCAUUUUUCUCCCUAAAUAGUAUAUAGUGUGUAUACAUGGGAGUUUUAAAAUAUUUCUUUCAAGGACAUUCUUAUAAACCAUGCUAUGCCUCCCAUGGAGAGUUGAAUGCAUAUGUUAAGGGUACUGUUCAUUGUCAGAUGGUUAGCAGUUGAAAACAGAAAUUAACUCCUCACGAUUUCAAAAAUUAACGUUAUAUUUUACAUUAUUACCUUCGAUACCCAUUUCAUAUGCUGAAAAACAAAUUGAAAACAUUUUUAAGAGGAAUUACUUAUUAUAUUUAAUGAUUUCUUAUGGAAAACUGGGCAAUAAUCUAUUUGGCAGAAGGUCAUUAUGUGUUUAAUGCUCUUCUUAAUAUUACCAAUAUGAUUCGUAGAACCGAGUGUCACAGAAUGAGAAUUGACUGACACUUGAGCAUGUGAUCUAAACAAUCUUAAAAUACAGAUCUCAAUUUUUUGGUGUGGAAAAUAGGUAAUACCUUUUUAACUCGACUAUUCGAAGAAUAAGGAGGCUUUACUACUCUCCUCCGCGUUGGCGUCCGGCUAAAGUUUUAGGGCAAGUUGGCAUUUUCACUUAUAACUCCAAUUUCCUUCUUUCAAGUCAACUAAUACUUCACACAGUUGUUCAGGAUCAUCGACCCUAGGGCCAAGGUCACUGUUACUAAGAAAAAAUGUUUCGUACUGAAUUACUUAAGUAAGGGUUGACAUAUUGUGACCAAACUUGGUAUGUUUAUGAAGGACUUCCAUGCGAUUGCAUGUGAGGCCCUGAGGGUCAAGGUAAUUGUAACUAAAAAUAGAAAAAAGGUUGAAACUGAAUACCAAGGCUGAAGUUCUUUUGUCAAUCAUUGAAAACCUUGUGUAUUAACUUUUUAUUGAUAUUUUUUAUUGCUUUGGACAGGUACCUAUUUCAUUGUUAUUGUAUUCAUUUCUAAGACAAAGCAGUGUGUAUAGUCGAUACUCUUGUUUGUUUGUCACAUCUGUUCAGGUGAAUUUUCUGUUUAGUUGGAUUUUGGACAAUUUUACAUUUGAUAAAUUAUAUCAGUUCUUGUAGUGAUAGGCGAGUGUCAGUACUUGUAGUGAACUGUGAUUGAGUAUAUGUAGGGAUACUGGUGAGUGAGUGAUAGGUGAGUGAAUACUUUAAGUGAUAGUUGAGCAAUAUCGAGAUACUUUUUGUUUUACACAUUCAAUAGGAAUUGAAGAAAAGCUUGAAAAUUCCGAUUUUGAAUGAUAAUGGUAGUUUCUAAAAGAAAAAAAAUUAAAAUUUGAGUAGUGUUAACUAAAGUUGAGAAUUAUUUUAAUUACAAAAGUAAACCAUACUUGUAUUGAAUGGUAAACAAUAUACCAAUUCUGUUCUUUUCAUUUGAUUUGGGUUUGUUUGUUUUUAAAUUGUAAUAAUCUACAACAAGUAAUGUUGAAUAAUGUAGUGAUAACUAAUGUUGCGAACUAUUUUAGUAAAGAAACUAAACUAAAGCUGCAAGUAUAACAUCUGUUGCUCUUAUAUCCGAUUUUAAAGAGAAGCAGUUUGAACAUUGGUUGGUUUUGUGAGGGUUUUUCCAUCUUGGCUCAAGAUCACACUGAACAUUUUACAGUUAUAAUCUUGGAAGAGUUGAAUAUAUAUAUAUAUCUAUAUGCAAUUUGUGAUACAUUUUUACCAUCCGAAUUGUUGUCAGUCUAUUUUUAUUAAGAACUAAUUGAAGCUUUCAAUAAAGAUUUAAAACAUU